AUGUAUCUGAAGGUGGUCGGCGUGGGGGUCGGGGCGAUGGUCGUCCUCAUGUUCGCCGUCUUUUCGAUAUACUGGGGGGCGCUGUGGAAGGUCCCCACGCGGAACUUCGCGGGGUGGGUCGUGGACUUUGACGGCUCGACGGUGGGGAGCGCAGUUGUCCAGGCUCUGCUGUCGUCCUCGGUCUCGUCGUCGGGCAAGGUGAGCUGGACGAACAGGUCGGCGAGCGAGUUUCCGGGCGGGGUGGAUGACGUUGCGGGUGCGGUGGUGGAUCAGCAGACGUGGGUUGCUGUUGUUGUGCAUCCGAACACGACGAGGCUUCUCGAGUCUGCGGUCCUCUCUGUGAACGCGUCGUACGACGGCUCGGUGGCGCUCACGGCGUUUGCUGUCGAAGCCCGUAAUGAGAACGCUUAUCGUGUUUUGAUUAGGCCCUCUGUGGAGGCGACGCUUAAUGCAGUAACCAUUGGCAUAGCCAAGUCUUUCGUGAAACAGGUUGGGUCGGCCUAUCCAGAGAUAAUAGCGAACAUAUCCACUACUGCCCCUCAAAUCCUGGCGGAACCCGUAGGGUAUACGCUGGAUAAUCUCCGUCCGUUCGAUGUUCCUGUGGCUAGUGCUAUGACGUUUGUGGGCCUUAUCUACGUCUUAGUCUUGGCCUUUUUUAUCGUCAAUUUCUCUGCUGCAGCCCGUGAGAUGUCAGGGCUGGAGACGUCACUAACGACAUGGUCCCUUAUCUUCCUCCGACUAGCAUCAAGCUUCAUCUCGUACUUUGUGCUCGCGCUUUUUUAUUCCCUUCUAUGCUUAGCCUUUCAAGUGGACUUUUCAAGGACAUUCGGGCAUUCGGGUUUCGUCCUGUUCUGGAUGCUGAACUAUGUCGGAAUGUUGGCUGUGGGGUUAUCGUUGGAAGCGAUGCUCACCCUGCUCACGACGAGGUUCGUCGGGUUCUACAUGAUAUUUAUGAUCAUCUCGAACAUCUCCGUGUGUUUCAUGCCGCUGGAAGUGCUGCCAGGCAUAUUCCGGUAUGGCUAUGCCUUCCCCUUCUACAACGUGUCGGGCGCCGUACGGACGAUCCUAUUCGGAACCAAGAAUCAACUGGGGCUGCAAUUCGGCAUCCUCCUCGCUUGGAUGGGUGUAUCUCUGAUAACGCUUCCUCUCUUUCAAUGGUGGUUCCGAUCCAGAGACGCAGCAAAGGCGGCUGUGGCUCGUCAGUCUGGAGAAGAGGACUCUUGA